AUGAACGGCGGGGAUUUCGCGCUCGGUUCGGAGGUUCGGCUGCAUCGUAUCGGGGGGAAGGCGCUGUUUGUUUGCCUGUUUCUAGCUUGCCUGCGAGUCUGUGAGUCAUUCAGCCCAAACAAACUGGAGGAGGAAGACUAUGAAGACGUCCCAAUAAAUAAAACCUGGGUUUUGUCACCCAAGGUCUACGAGAGCGAUGUCACCCUUAUCCUGAAUAAACUGCUCCUGGGCUACGACAACAAACUCCGGCCUGACAUUGGAGUGAGGCCAACUGUUAUCGAGACGGCAGUUUACGUCAACAGCAUAGGACCCGUCGACCCCAUCAAUAUGGAGUACACCAUUGACAUAUUCUUCGCCCAGACGUGGUACGACAGUCGUCUGAAGUUCAACAGUUCCAUGAAGCUCCUAAUGCUCAACAGCAACAUGGUGGGGAAAAUCUGGAUCCCAGACACCUUCUUCCGGAAUUCCCGGAAGUCCGAUGCCCACUGGAUCACCACGCCCAACCGGCUGUUGAGGCUUUGGAGCAACGGGCGGGUGAUGUACACACUGAGGUUGACAAUUAAUGCGGAGUGCUACCUUAAGCUGCAUAACUUUCCCAUGGACGAGCACUCCUGUCCCCUGGAGUUCUCCAGCUAUGGCUACCCCAAAAAUGAGAUUCAGUACCGCUGGCAGCGGAGGUCGGUGGAGGUGGCGGAUCAGCGGUACUGGAGACUGUACCAGUUUGCAUUCGUGGGGCUGCGGAACACUUCAGAUGUGGCCCAUACCCAAUCAGGAGAGUAUGUCAUCAUGACAAUCUUUUUUGACCUGAGUCGGCGGAUGGGCUACUUCACCAUCCAGACCUACAUCCCCUGCAGCAUGAUCGUGGUGCUGUCCUGGGUCUCCUUCUGGAUCAACAAAGAUGCCGUGCCGGCCAGGACGUCCUUGGGUAUCACCACGGUGCUCACCAUGACAACGCUCAGCACCAUCUCCCGGAAGUCCCUGCCCAAGGUGUCCUACGUGACGGCCAUGGACCUAUUUGUGUCCGUCUGCUUCAUCUUCACCUUCGCCGCCCUGAUGGAGUAUGGCACGCUACACUACUUCACCAGCAACCGGCAGGCUAAGAAGGCUAAAGCUACCAGCACACAGAGAUCGGCGGUGGUGAACAUCCGGCCGAGUGCGUCGCUGCUGCAGAUGAACAACAUCGCCCCCUACCAGGAGGACGACGACUACGCGUACGAGUGCCUGGAUGGGAAGGACUGUGCCAGCUUCUUCUGCUGCUUCGAAGACUGCCGCUCGGGCGCCUGGCGCGAGAACCGCAUGCAGGUGCGCGUCUCCAAGAUCGACUCCUACGCCCGGAUAUUCUUCCCCACUGCGUUCGGCCUCUUCAAUCUCGUCUACUGGGUGGGCUACCUCUACCUGUGA